UGUGCAAUUACAUCAAUCGACGUCACAGCUAUCAUGGUAAGGUAGCUCGAAAUCGAAACGGCGCCCGAUUCCACAUAUAUGUCGUCUUCAAAAAGCCGAUUUGCGAAAAUUGCCAGAUCACGAUCAUAGGAUGUCCACAUCGACAUUUAAGCAAAAUUCAUCGGAACCGGAGUCACCGGCUGAAGGCACACAAUUCAGCGGACACAGAAACAGUAAGCCGGAUAGCAAUUGUCGCACCUGCAACGAUUUCAAGUCAUGGUCCAAGCAACAGCGCCUCAACAUCUCGGGCACGCAGCCAACAAAGGGGGAAACACAAAUGGCGGCCAAUGAGAAGCUGACUGUUGAGGUUGCUGCGCCGCGAGAUGACUGUCCACUGGACAAGAGCCGUUUGGGUGUAUUCACAUGGGGUCUGCUGCAUACCAUGGCAGCAUAUUAUGCCGACAAUCCCACUGACACUGAGAAACGUGAUAUGCGAACAUUCUUCGAUGUACUCUCACGUCUAUAUCCAUGCGAUUAUUGUGCCAAGGACAUUCGUAAAGACAUUGCAGUAAAUCCAGUCAAUGUGGAUUCGCAAAAGGAUCUCGCACAGUGGCUAUGCAAGUUCCACAAUCGUGUGAAUGAUAAGCUUGGCAAGCCGUUGUUCGAUUGCAGCAAAGUAAAUGAGAGGUGGCGUGACGGCUGGCUGGAUGGUUCCUGUGACUAGAACUACACAUGCAACACACAAUACACUCUGCAACUAUCCGCCAUCCAACCCCUUCCCUCGAACCCUAAACAAACAGCGAUGCUGGCAAAAUUGCAAUCAUAUAUUUUGUACGUAUUCGUCAAACACAUUCGGACACAAUGAAGAUGGGGCUCAUUUUAAAUCCGAAAACUAGUGAAGCUGCUCUGACUUCUAGUUUAAUUUCACAGUUGAAGUUGGAGCAAAUUAUUUGACUGAUUAUUCCACGGAUUGAACGUUUUGUAAUUUGCACAUAUUAUAAAAAUGUAUGUAAGGAGUCAAGAGUUGGCCCCGCAAGAGUUACAUUGUGGAACAAAAUUCGUAUUUUCUGUAUUUAUGUAUUAUAACUACCACUUACAAAAUGCCCCUUGUCUUAUUUGGUGCAAAUAAAGACGACAAUCGCAUUGCAUAUUUGA